GGUCAUGUGUUUCCGGUGGAGCUGUUUUUCUCUGGUCUGAUGUAGCGCCCUUAGACCCAUCUUAGAUCCUUCUCUAGCUACUGAUCCUAAAGCCAGCAGUCAGGUAAAACUUUGCAAAAUAACUUUAAUCUCAUCUAAGAAUCAAGGUUUGGAUGCUGGGGGUCCAAACGGUGGGGAGACGACGCUAAAUUUGUAAGCAUUAGUAUACUGGCCGUUGUCAUUUUAGAUCCCUCAGCAAACGGCAGUGGAUGGAAAAGAUGUGUAAAGAAGCACCAAGUGUCCAAGCCUCCAGGAUAAACACGGACCUCACGACAGAAGCACCAACGACGUUUCUUAUCUAGUCAGGUCUCAGUGAUGUUGUGAUGAUGUCUGAUCACAGAAACGUCAGAGACCACGAAGAGUCAGUAAACAGUGAUGAUGAGUUGGAGCUUUCAGCUAGCGAUGAAUCUGAGCCUGAAGAAGCACCUAGAGAGGCUCCCUUUGACCCAGAGCUGGAUCAGAGUGAUGAAGACAAGGAGGUGAUGACCUCUGCUUUAGGUUUUGCUCCAACACCACAGAGCAAUUUCACCCUGAGUGGAGGGAGCUCAGCCUUCUCAGACCGCAGCCGCAGCAUCUUCGCAUGCUUGGACAGUGUGGAGAAGCACUCUGUCUCCUCAUUGAACCAAGAGAACUCAGCAGAAAGCAGGAAGAAGAGCCACCCUCCUUCCCCUUCUCCCAUACCGGUGAAGAAAAGAGGCGUCCCAGACUAUCUGGUUCACCCCGAGCGAUGGACUCGCUACAGCCUGGAGGAUGUGGUUGAGAGCAGCGAUCAGGACAACAGGAGAGUAGCCCACCAGUUCCUGUCUAGUCUGCAGCAGGAGACAAAAAGUGAUCCUCACUGUGACAUCCAGAAAAGGAUGAUCUUCUCCAGACCAAAGCGACCCCUGAAGGAGCAGGUGGCUGCGCAGCUGUCACCUGAUCUGCAGGGAAAGGAAAAAGAGUUACAACUAAGUCACCUGGUUCAGGAGGAUGAGGAUAAUGAAGGCAGAGAAAGAGCGGAGGGUGGGGUACAAACCGCAGAAAAAACUAAACAAGGAGAGAAAAGUAUUAGUGGACCUGUGGCCCUGGAAGUGGAAAAGAAGUUAGAUGAGUCCAACAUUAACUAUGCCUCCUUCAGGAAGACUAAGGCGAAGAACUACAGAAAGAAUUCUGGAGAAAAAGAGGACUGACUUCUGAAUAGAUGCAUACUUGAUGACACCUCAGAGAGCUGUAUUCCCUCUGCAGAAAACUUCCCAUUUCCUCCAUUCAUUUCUUAGGGUUAGGACAAAACAAUGCAUGUUGUUGGAUUCAUGAGAUGAGAUUUAACAUUAUUUUGAGGAAACCAAGAAUCCCCUUUUGGCUUUUACAAAUGAAGUAAAGCUUUUAGAAACUACAUACUUAGUUUUAAGCAUCUGGAAUUGUAGAAUAAUCUAGUCUGGGUUUUACUUGUCUGUAUAUCCUUGUUUCAGUCUGAGAUGGUCCUAAUACUAAAAUAUCAUUUUUGUUUUUUUCAAAAGUCAAAUAAAAGUUCUAUAAAUCUCAA